GCCAGUGACCUGAUUUCCGCUGAGAAAAGCAGGCUGGACGGACUUUUGUUUCUGAUCAAACAUCUGUUGACGCUCAGAGAACAAAUCGCUCCGUUCGAUGCCGAUUUUGUGUACAAUCAACAGAGCUUGGAUUUUAACUCCACCCGGGCUGCUGCUUUAGGUGCGUCAUGA